AUUCGCCCGAAGCCGGUCCACGUAUACCGCAAAACCCGGAAAAAAGCUCGGGUUCUGCUCCACUUGUCUUCUUCCUCUUCGAUCCAUCUUCCUUUCGUACAAAUCGCGAGCCUUCUUCUUCGGCCAUGAUAAGAACCAGAAUAACUGCAACAUUCCUCUCUGAUCCAUUUAUCCAGAGAGCUUCGAAGGCGACAGAACUCUAUCUACACGCCGUGUAAGAAGAAGAAGAAAUGGAGAGCCCGCCGGGGAGCGCUAGGUCGAGUCCGGAGGCGGAGGUGGGAAUGCGAGUGGAGGAUCUGUGGGAGAUACAGGAGCCGCAACUCAGCCCCUCUGAGAAGCUUAAUUCUUGCUUUGAGAGUAUUUUUGUGAGCUCUUUCCCACAAGCCCCGUCCUCUCAAGACUCGGAUCCAGUCAUCGAGAUAUCUUCGGAUUCCAGCUUGGCUGAAGCCGUUGAAAUUCUAUCUAACAACAGAAUUGUGAGUGCUCCUGUGAGAAAUUUAAAAGCUCCUGCGAACGCAACUUGGAUUGAUAGAUACAUCGGAAUCGUCGAAUUUGCGGGGAUUACUGUCUGGCUUCUGCAUCAGUCAGAAAUGGCAUCUAGUGAGGGAAGUGUUGGCCCUCUUAAAGAAGGGCCUGCUGCAGAUGGAACAAGCACAGCCAAGCUCAACAGUAUUGAAGCAGCUGAUUCUAUGGGCGGAACCUUCUUAGAAACCCUUACAACUUCUGACUUCUAUAAAAAGACAAAGGUUGAAGACAUCUCAGGGUCAUUUCGCUGGGCACCGUUCUUGGCGUUGCAGAAAUCCGACUCGUUCCUAACUAUGCUCCUUCUGCUCUCGAAAUACAGGAUGAAGAGCCUUCCUGUCGUCGUCUUGGGCGAAGAGAAGAUUGAUAAUAUAAUCACCCAAUCUGCCGUCGUCCACAUGCUCGCGGAAUGCGUCGGGCUUCCUUGGUUUGAGAACUGGGGAAGAAAGAAGCUGCAUGAAGUUGGCCUGCCUAGUAACAGGAAUAAGCUUAUCAAGGUAAGAGAGGAUGAAUCCGUUCUAAUGGCCUUCCAACUGAUGAGGAAAAAAAGAAUUGGCGGCGUACCAGUUGUUGAUAAAAGCGGGAAGAAGGCGGUUGGCAAUAUAAGCAUCAGAGAUGUUCAGUACCUUCUUACAGCUCCAGAAAUGUACAAGAGUUACAGGUCGAUAACAGCCAAAGACUUCGUAAGAUCAAUUAAGAGCUACUUGAGCACACAUAUUGAUGCUUCACCCAGAUUUACUGGAGUUCUAACUUGCAGCAGUGAAAAUACAAUUAAAGAAAUAAUUCUGAAGCUGGAUGCAAAAAAAGUACAACGGAUCUAUGUUGUUGAUGAGGAGGAAAAUUUGGAAGGGGUGAUUACGCUAAGAGAUAUAAUAUCCAAGCUGGUUCAUGAACCUAACGGCUACUUUGGUGAUUUCUUUGAUGGUGUUGUCCCUUUGCCUCAGAACAGUAGGGUUUAAAAUGUAAAGAAUCUCAUAGUUUUUAUUUAUUUAUUUAUUUUAAUGUGGUGGUUAACUUUCUACUUCUUUUGGGAAAAUAUAUAGGCACUACUUGAAUGUAAUUUGAUACAA